UGGAGUUUCCUCUUUUGCCAAGCUUGCAUUUCGUUUGGUUUCGUGUAACAGCAGUAGUUGGUGGUUGCCGUCGCAGGGAACUAGUGUGCCGUGCGCUGUUUCGCUGAGCUCUCGCCGUUGUCCCCUUGUCGAACCAAAAGGCCUACCGCUUCGACUGUAUUGCUGCACUGCGGCCGUGUUUCGUGACAAGCAUCUCCAAGUGCGCCGCCUGCGCUCAGGCGAGAACCAACGGUGUUUCUAGUCCUCGACCAUGGCUGACGUGAAAAUCAGUAUGGACGACAGAGCAGGGCAGUCGUCGAUUCUGGACGAUUUUUGCUAUAAUAACAACGUCUCGAAAGCAAACGUCUACGUUCGACUCGGUUUCCUGCGAAAGGUCUACGGCAUCCUCAGCAUUCAACUGUUCGCUACGACGAUGAUAGCAGCCUUUGGAAUGUUUACUCCAGCAGUCAAGCUCUACAUAAGCCAGAACCACUGGAUGGUGAUGGGAGCCUUCCUCCUGUCGAUGGCACUCCUCCUGGCCCUGAUGGUGAAGAGGCGGGAGACGCCCACAAACUACUUUCUCCUGAUGGGCUUUACCAUUGUGCAAGCUUUCACUGUUGCUGUUGUUGUGUCCUUCUACGACCAGAUGGCAGUGCUGCAGGCUUUCCUGCUCACGCUGGGGGUCACCGGCGGUCUCACGCUCUACACCUUCCAGAGCAAACGGGACUUCUCAACGUGGGGGGCAGGACUGUAUGCGUUCCUGAUGGUAUUGCUGCUGGGGAGUAUGUUGCAGUUCUUCCUGACCUCCAGUCACCUCGAGUUUGUGCUCUCACUUGGUGGAGCAGUGCUCUUCUCCUUUUUCAUCAUCUUCGACACGCACAUGUUGAUGCAUCGGGUCUCUCCCGAAGAGUACAUUCUGGCGACCAUCGAGCUAUACCUGGACAUCAUCAACCUUUUUCUGCACAUUCUGCGCAUCAUCGGGGAGGCGAGGAGGAAUUGAUGAGAGAAAGGCAUGUCACACGCCAGGAGCAUUUUUUGUUUUGUGCGAGGAGCUGCAAAGCGGCUCACUGUUACCCAAGACUCUGCUGGCAUUCCAAUGGAUUAGAUGGAAACAUGGAAGUAAAAAAUUCAUCUCUUCAA